ACCGCACUGUGCGUCCUGUGCGUCCUGUGCGUCAUCACGUUGCUGCGUCGUUCCGCCUUGCCUGGAGCCAGAAGCCAGCACGAGCUAACGGCUAACUUUCAGAAUUCAACUUCGCAAAGUUAUUCUGUCUAAAUAAGCUGUACCUGUUUUAAUCAACACCGUGAAUCAUCACCGGGAUUUUCUUCCAAACUGACCCCGUGACCCUCCUCUCUCCGGCGGGGAAAACUGAGCAAUGUACAAUGGGAUUGGCCUGACGACUCCUCGCGGCAGUGGGACCAAUGGCUACGUCCAGAGGAACCUGUCAAGCCUCCGGGCAAAGCGGCCCCGGGAAGAGCGCCCUCUUGAUGACAAAGACCGUGAGCGGCUGGAGAGUCAACUCAACCGGCAGCCCAAUGCUGACAUCCUGGAGCACCAGCGCAAGAGGCAACUGGAGGUCAAAUGUGCCGAGCUGCAGGACAUGAUGGAGGAGCAGGGGUACUCUGCUGAGGAGAUCGAGGAGAAGGUAAACAGCUUUCGAUUGAUGCUUCAGGAGAAAGAAGAACCCGCCCCAAAACCUAAUGACAAACCAACUGUGACAGAGACCCAUGCUCUGGCUGCGGCGAAUCAGCAGAAGAAUGACCGUCUGCGUGCGGCGUUUGGAAUCUCCAGUGACUACGUGGACGGAUCUUCGUUUCACGCUGACCGCAAAGAGAAGGAGAAGGAGAAGAGGGAGCAGGAGAAGCAGGAGAGGGAGAGGCAGCAGCAGCAGAAAUACACUUUGGUGGAAGACUCAGAUGAUUCAGAUUCUCCUCCAAAGAAACGAAGCCGAAAGAAGAAAAAGAAAAACAAGAAACGGGACAGUUCAGAAGAUGAGUCAUCUCCUUCCCCGAGCAGAGAAAAGAAGAAAUCUAAAAAGAAGAAGAAGAAACAUGAAUCUUCAGAAGAGGAGGAAGACAGUUCUUCAAAUGAAAAACAUAAAGUGUCAAAGAAAAAGCCAAAGAAGAGCGAGAGUCCUCCUCCUAAAUCUAAGGCAAUGAGGUCAGAGAAGUGUCUCCUCCAGCUCUGAGCACAGUGAGGCUCUGCCCCCGAGGUCCCGCCCACAGGAAGUGAAGAGUAAGGAGAGAGAGCGAAAAGGGAGGUCUCCGGAACGAAGGCGAG